AUGAGGGCCUGGAGCCUUCUCCUCCUGGCGGCCCUCCUGGCUUUGGGGAGCCAGCUGCCUGCUGCCUCCGCCAGGAAGAAGGGAGAGAAAUUUGGGGGCUGCCCACCGGACGAUGGGCCCUGUCCCCUCUCGGUGCCUGACCACUGCAUGGAUGACAGCCAGUGUCCCUCAAGGAUGAAGUGUUGCUACAAAGCUUGCUUCCGCCAGUGUGUCCCCACGGUCUUCGUGAAGCGGGGCAACUGCCCUGAGGACCGCCUGCACUGCCUCAGCCCCAUACAGCACCUGUGUAACAAAGACUCAGACUGCAGGGGCUCCAGUCGGUGCUGCCUCGGGGCCUGUGGCCGAGACUGUCGCAACCCUGUCCAAGUCUAA